CUUAACUUUUCUAACAUAUUAUUCCCUCCUUCAGGCCUGGCAGCAUGGCAGAGAGAGAGGCCGUUUGGUAUUGUGAACGGUAUGGGAAAGCCUGCCCCCUCACUCUGAUUGGCUGCUCUGAGUCUCGUCCACUCUGCAUUGGUGUCGGUGUGCCCCACUGACAGUCGCUGCUGUCUUUUGGCGCAAGUAACAAGGUGAAAAUGAUUACAAAGUUGCAAAGCUGCGCCUACAAUUAAUCAUCGACUGGCGCCGACAGCUCCACACACACACACACACACACACACACACACACACGAGGGCGUUUCUACAAGAAUCAAUGGUCGUUGGACAGUGAAACUAGUUUGUAUCGUGUAUUCCCCGAUCCAGGUACAUUGUUGUUCGUCGUUUCCCGUGAACGCGCCGGUAGCUGAUGUCAUUGGAACAGGUGCGCGAAACCCAAGUUCACAACAGUCGCCCUGGAUCGCGAGAGAUUACACACGGAUAAAGCGCUUGUUUGGAUCGUCUGCAGACGAUAUUGAGCGACAGUUCUCGGUGAGCAUUAAGGUCUACAAUAGAUUUUGUUAUGGCAAUGAAGAGCCCCUUUACCUUCGUGUGAGCUCGUGAUUCAAUUCCAAUGUCUGUACGUGAAUUUUGACUGAAACAUCCAGGGAAUAUAUUUUUCAAGGACCGAGCGAUGCCGAGUCGCAAGUUUUAAAACGUUUCUAUUUCACCAAGACAUGGGAAUGAAGUCGCUUUGCUGUACUGCGCUUUAAACGCGUUUGCAUGAGGAAAUAACCUGCUUUUCUGUAUUUUAUUAAAAGACUCGUUUACGAAAGAGAUUAAUCAUGUCCAAGACGCUGAAAAAGAAGAAACAUUGGUCCAGUAAAGUGCAGGAAUGCGCUGUUUCGUGGGGUAACGCCGAGGAGCUCAGCAACGUGCUGGAGAUACGCGGGGGAGCCGAGCACGGAGAGUUCCCGCACCUGGGACAGGUGUUGCCGGACGCGUUAGUGUGCCAUGUCGGCAGGCUACCUGGUCCCGGAGAUGUGCUUCUGGAGGUAAACGGCACGCCUGUCAGCGGAUUGACAAACAGAGACACCCUCGCCGUCGUCCGCCACUUUCGUGAACCCCUCCGCCUGAAGACCGUAAAGCCAGGUAAAGUGUUGAACACGGAUCUGCGUCAUUACCUCAGCCUGCAGUUCCAGAAAGGCUCUUUGGACCACAAGCUCCAGCAGGUGAUCAGAGAUAAUCUGUACCUGCGCACCAUUCCCUGUACCACGAGGCAGCCUCGCGAAGGGGAGGUUCCAGGAGUGGACUAUAAUUUCAUCAGCGUGGGGGAGUUUCGUGUGCUGGAGGAGAGCGGUCUGCUACUGGAGAGUGGAACAUAUGAUGGUAAUUACUAUGGCACUCCAAAGCCACCUGCAGAGCCCAGUCCAGUGCAGCCCGACCUGGUGGACCAGGUUCUGUUUGACGAGGAGUUUGACGCAGAGGUCCAGCGCAAACGCACCACGUCUGUCAGCAAAAUGGAUAGAAAGGACAGCACAGCUCCUGAGGAAGAGGAGGAGGAUGAGAGGCCACCCAUGGUCAAUGGGCUAACAGAACACAAGGAGGGACCGGAGUGGAGGAAAGCUGUGCCCAGCUACACACAGUCCAGCAGCAGCAUGGACUUCCGCAACUGGAACACGCUGCCACAUGAUGAAAGCCAGGAGCCUCUGCCCAAGCACUGGGAGAUGGCCUAUACAGAGACGGGCAUGGUCUACUUUAUAGAUCAUAAUACCAAGACCACGACCUGGCUCGAUCCACGACUGGCAAAGAAAGCCAAGCCUCCUGAAAAAUGUGAGGAAGGAGAGCUUCCAUAUGGCUGGGAGAAGAUUGAGGACCCGCAGUACGGGACUUAUUAUGUGGACCACAUCAACCAGAAGACUCAGUUUGAGAAUCCAGUGCAGGAAGCCAAGAAGAAACUCAGCCAGGAUGCGUCUCCGACCAGUCAGCCAAUAGCAGCAGCCGCAGGAGCAGUACCAACGCCCUUAAAUGAAGCUGCUUUAAGGGUGUUCACACGGGACCCAUCUCAGCUGCAGGGUGCUAUCCUGCGCACAUCUCUGAAGAAGAGCCCUCAGGGCUUUGGUUUCACCAUCAUCGGUGGAGACCGAUCAGAUGAAUUCCUUCAAGUGAAGAACGUCCUGAGAGAUGGACCUGCUGCACACGAUAACAAAAUCGCUUCGGGUGAUGUUAUAGUGGACAUAAAUGGUUCGUGUGUGCUGGGCAAGACCCAUGCAGAUGUUGUCCAGAUGUUCCAGUCCAUUCCUGUAAACCAAUAUGUGGAUAUGGUCCUGUGUCGCGGAUACCCACUGCCAGAGGACACUAAUUCCAGCGAAGAGGGCACAGGCGACGUAAUAUCUGCUGUGCCAGGAAUUGACGGACAACCCAUUCAUUCAGACGGGACCCCUUCCAUGCAGGACCUCCAUUACAUGACCACCGAUGGUAGACAUCCAGUUGCAGCAAUGCCCAACGGACGGUACCCAGAGGCGGGAGACAGCACCCUGCUGCAGCCUGAGCUGGUCAGCGUGCCUUUGGUAAAGGGGCCGAGUGGAUUCGGCUUUGCCAUCGCAGACUGUCCACUGGGCCAGAAGGUGAAGAUGAUUCUGGACGCGCAGUGGUGCCGAGGUCUGCUGAAGGGGGAUGUGAUAAAGGAAAUUAACAGGCAGAACGUUCAAACCCUCACCCACGCGCAGGUGGUGGACAUCCUCAAAGACCAGCCCAUGGGCAGCGAGGUCAACGUGCUGGUGCUCAGAGGAGGUCAGACCUCUCCCGUGAAGUCUCUGAAACCUAUCACUCCAGCUAUUCCCAGUACCCAGAAGCAGGACAUUGCCGCCAGUUCUGUCAGUACUGAAACUCCCAGUGCGGCUGAGCCUGGGCCCCAGUCCCUUCCUUUCCCUCCUCAUGCCAUCCGCUCCAGCUCCCCAAAACUGGACCCGUCUGAGCUCUACCUCAAGUCUAAAGCCCUGCUAGACAGCAAACCCAUCAACACUAAAGAACUGGACGUGUUUAUCAGGAGGAACCAGGAGACUGGAUUUGGGUUCAGAGUGCUGGGUGGAGAAGGACCGGAUCAGCCAGUGUACAUUGGCGCCAUUGUUCCUCUGGGUGCCGCAGAAAAGGACGGGCGUCUGCGGCCUGGAGAUGAGCUCAUCUGUAUUGACGGCGUUCCUGUCAAAGGCAAAUCUCACAAACAAGUUCUGGAGCUCAUGACCAACGCCGCCCGCAACGGGCAGGUGAUGUUGACCGUGCGCAGAAAGCUCACCUCUCCAGAAAGAGAGGAAGAUGAUGGGGGUCAACCACAGGUCCCACAUGCUCCAGCGCUGGUCAACGGCUCUCCCAAACCGCCCCUCAUCGAGGUGUCCGGCCACAGCCACCCUCAGCCCUACGACGUCACUCUUCAGCGCAAGGACAACGAGGGCUUCGGAUUCGUCAUCCUCACCUCUAAAAACAAGCCUCCGCCUGGAGUUAUCCCACAUAAGAUUGGUCGCAUCAUAGACGGCAGUCCCACAGACCGCUGCGGUCGGCUGAAAGUGGGCGACCGCAUCUCUGCUGUGAAUGGCCAGUCAAUUAUUGAGCUGUCUCAUAACGACAUUGUGCAGCUCAUCAAAGAAGCUGGAAAUGCUGUUACCCUCACGGUGGUGCCUGAGGAGGAACACAGCGGACCUCCGUCAGGCACUAGUUCAGCCAAGCAGAGCCCAUCUUCCCAGCACCGAGCCGUGGGACAGCAGCCUGCCAACCGAGAUGACAGGAAUGGCGUAGAAACGGAAGAGAGGAAAGACACUGUGACCCGAGCAGAAUACAAAUCUGUCGUCUCCUCAGGACCAAAGCAGGGCUGUUAUCCCGUGGAGUUAGAGAGAGGACAGAGAGGUUUUGGCUUCAGUCUGCGAGGAGGGAAGGAAUAUAACAUGGGCCUCUUCAUCCUUAGACUAGCUGAGGACGGUCCCGCACUGAAGGAUGGCAGGAUACAUGUGGGAGAUCAGAUUGUGGAGAUCAACGGUGAACCCACACAGGGCAUUACACACACACGGGCCAUUGAGCUCAUCCAGGCCGGGGGCAAUAAAGUGGUGCUGCUUUUGAGGCCCGGACUUGGCCUGGUGCCUGAUCAUAAUGUUAAAGAUACAAUGACAGGUCCAUCUGCAAACUCUCCAAGGUAUUCUGCAUCCAAUGAGCCGUCGACACCAGCCUCUUCAUCCUUCAUCUCUCACUCCCCUGAGGUCAACCCCUCUCCACCCGAGGAGCUCUUCUUCGACCCGGUGGCUGCUUCGCACAAACAACUUCACCAACAUUACAGAGACGCCAAAAAGCAAACAAGAAAGAGCGACCUAAGCAUGGGUCAUGACAACCAUGACAGUUUUACACUCCCCCAGAGACAGGAUGGGAAAGAACGCCCAAGGAGUCCAAAAAAGACUCUAAACAUGGACAACAAGAAUGAUCCUAGUGGACAAGUAGCUCGAUCCCCAAGCCCCAUGAAGACCAAGAAGGAAAACGCUGGGAUCAGACAGGAGUUGCCUCAAAAAGCCACUGAUGGAUUGAAGCCUGGAAGUAGAUACAAAGACGAGGACACUAUGCACAAGCAGGACAUGGAAACAGGAGAAAUCAGACCCGAGGUCUCAAGAGGUGGCAAGACAGCAGAACCUCAGCGGUCUGAAAGCAGUACUCUCAACCUGAAGGACCACAGAGGACGAGACAGGCCUCGAGGGGAAGAGGAUAUCGAGGGUGUCCCUCAAGAGACUCCCCAGAAUGGGAACCCUACCACCAAGAGAGGCCCUAUAACCCCAGGCCCCUGGAAGGUGCCCCGCUCUGCAAGGAUUCAACCUCCAGUGCAUGGAGUCUAAUGCGUUUGGGAGCAGCUAUUGAUGUCCUCCAACAAUACGAGCCUCAAGUUUUGUUUUGUGCCAAUCAGACUGCAGCUACAAACUUGUCCAUGUCUCUUUGUUCCUGUGGCGUUAACAUGAAGGAUGCUUUUCUUUGAAGGUUUAAAAUUGUCUAUUAAUGUGUAUUAAAAAGAUAGGUCACCAAUAAAUGAAUAGUCUGUCAGCAUUUAUCAGCCGCCUUGAUGUUAAAAAUCCGGCAUGACUACAAAACAAAAGAAGAUAUUUUGAAGGAUGUUUGCCACUAAACCAAUUUGGUUACCAUUGACUUCUAUUGUAUGGACCAUUAAAUCUUUGAACUUCCACAGAAGACAGACAGACACACACACACACAGUGCUGAAAUAACAUGAUGAUAAGUGGAUGGCGACAACAUUUACAUUUUUGAGUAAACCAUCCCUUUAAUUUUCCAUCUUUGAUUCGCCGCAUGUCCUUACAAUGACUUUUCCAGAGAUACAACGGUCCUCAAGAUCCAGUCCUGAGAAGUGACUUUGUGUAGGCUGUGCAUUAUUUUUCUUUUGGUGGUGAAUUUCUGACAUAUCCAUCUUUAAAAGACCAGAAACUUGUGGUUAAGUAUAUUGUUUACUACUUGUGUGUUGAUAAAGACGCAUAUGUAAUUUAUUGAAAUGAUUAUGAUGAUAUAAACAAAUACAUGUAUAGAGGUAUAGAGAUUUGUAUCCAUUCUGAUACGUCUUUCGGCUUCCUAACAAACACAUAUUUUUUCACAGUGCUAUAGCUUUUACAGUUAAUCUCGGUGGAGCAUUUGCAAGGUUGUACAUUUGGGAUCAAAUGUUUGCUCAUAUCAUUAAAAGGUGAAGCAGAACUAUAGGAGAAAUUCAGAUAUAUUUUUGCAUACUAUACAAUCAAACAUUAUAUUUUUUCUUAUUCUUUUUAGCACAUCGAAUGAUUCAUACUGCAUUGUUUUCCCAAUAUUGGGACUUCAUAUUCAUUCAAAGUGUCUUUAUGCGUCUUUCAGACCAUCCUAUUAAAUGUCAAGAUGCUGUCUUAUAUCCAAGGGAAAUGUAGCUCUGAAUUAUGUUAUUCAUCAGGUUCUUAAAGCCUCAAACAACUGGCACAGAUUUAGACACAAGAUAUAACAAUGUCAAAUAUCUUUUUUCCAUAACAGUAUUUUUGAAAUACCAUAAAUAUUAAGUGUCCAUAUGGGCAGAGCAGACAUCAGUCAAACAUUACAUAUGCUACAGCGCUUCUAUAAUUUGUCAUGAUGAAAAAUGUGAAUACUUUUGUAAUAAGGUUCAUGAUUGCUUCUUGAUCAUUAAACGGGUCGUGAACUGCCUAUAUUUAUUUUGUAUGGUUCUCUGAGUUCCACUUAUAAUGUUCUCAAGAUUUUUACAUCAAAAACAUAAUAAUUUAGCAGUAAUAGGCUAUUUUCUGUCCUGCUUUGACCCCCCUCAUCAGAAAACUCUGUUUGAAUUCACUGGCUUCGAUAUAAGCUGUUUUUAGAAUCAUGAAGAAGUUUUGAGUUCUGAAACUUGCAGGAUGUUUUUAUAGUACAUCAGCCUCUUAUGUCAAAAGAUCAAGUGAAUUUUGAUUUCUCAGUUCAUGACCCUUUUAAAUCUCAAAUUUUUGUAGCUUGUUUCUCAAUGCAAUGAUCCUCAAACACUUUCCUGCAGAGUUUAGCUCCAACCAUAAUAAAACAAACAUACCCGUGGUUUUCUAAUGAUCCUGAAGACACUGAUUAGCAAACUCAGGGUUGUUUGAUUUAGGGUUAGAGCUAAACUCUGCAGGAAAGUGGAUGUCGCUAGCCAGAUUUGAGGGUCACUGCUCUUGUGCAUCUCAUGUCAUGAGGUUGUAUGUAUGAUACUGUGGCCUUGCAUUGCUUUAUCUUACACAAAAAAGCCUUGUGGUCUCUACAUUGUGGUAGUUGUAAAUGUUUAUAUAAAAAAAUAAUACAAUGUACAGCACCUGUAUAAAAUUGCCUUUGUGAAGGGAAAAACAAGAGAAAAAAAAUCUAUAAAUCGCCCCAUUAUUUUUUUAAGUAAUUGAGAGUAUAAGCAUAUAUAUAGAGAGAGUGAAUGGUUAAAGAAAUGAAUCUGGUCAUGACCUUCUGUUCAUGCACUGAUGAAUAAAGAUUUACUGAAAAGUGG